UGGACAUGGCCGCUCUCAGGCCUCUCUCUGUCUGCGACCGCUCUUCAUCGAUUUCUCCGUUAUGCGUUCAAUCCGAUAAAUAAGCACGAGACAGAGUUAACUUAUAAUCCUCAAAUAUUUAAAUGGCCAUAACACAUUUUAUAGGCGACAGAAAAACAACGUACACGUAUAUAUACAAUAAAAAUUCGUAAACAGAAGAAAAAAAACAACAUAACCUUUCAAUUAGUAUGACACGUACAACGACACUUGAUCACGUUUGUUGGAAGGAAAGAUAGAGAAUGGAUCACGAAGACGAGUUUCUCAAUAUCUUCUUUACACAGGUUGCUCAGCUGUGCUCUGACAAAGCCAAAGAGACAGUAGAAAAGGAAAAGGAAUCAUGCAAGCAGAUGCAAAUGGGUCCUUGGGGAAUGCUCUUGAUACAUUUACCACAAGUAGCUGUAGCUGAACGUUCAUAUGCAGAUUUAGGUUUUCUUCAUACUAAAAACAAAGGCUUUCUUAGGAAAGAUAAUUCUUUGAAGACUGUAUACGAAUCAUUAAAGGCUGAUUUAAAAAGACUGGAAGAAAUGACCAAAGGAACAAAUUCCAUUGGUGCAACAGUCGCCAGUGUUUCCAGCCAGCUUUGCCAGUUCAUCACGGCAAGAAUCCAGCUGAUAGAUUUCUAUGAGAAAAUGUAUAAUAUGAAUAUAAGUAGCAAAGUUAUGAAGCAUCAAGAAUUGUUGCAGUGUAUAGAAGGGAUAAUAAAGUGCCAUUUAGUCUCCUGUUCUCAUUUAGCAUUAACUGCGAUUAAAACAAGUUUAAUAUUAGAAUGUGAAAUACUAGAACAACUGAUGACGGCGCAAGUGGAAGUUCAAAAUUGGAGAUUCUUACCAACUCUGAUGGCUCUUUACGCAGCGCAAACACGAAUGUCGGCCUGGGAAAGAACAUUACAAAGCAAAGAGUCCUGGAAAUUGGGCUUCGGCGCGACAUUUUUGAAGGCAAAUCAGCAACCGGCUUUGUAUCAGUGGUUAGUAAAACUUCGCAGUGCUAUACUGGCUAAAUGUUCUUUGUAUUUCUACACUACUCUGAGCCAACAAACCAAUGCGGGAGAAAUGAGAAGCGUUAUGAGCAAGCAGAAUGUAGACUAUUAUCAUAAAAUACAAAGUUUUCAGCGGAAGCAUGAUGUGCUGGCAGUGCUGAUAAUCUUCGAUUCCAGAGGAGCUGAAAAUUCAGGUUCAGGAUACAGGCAUCCGGGAAGAGGAGCAGAGUCUUUCGAGUGCUUCCCUAUUGUCGUUUGUUGUCCUAGUACAUUCGUACAAAAACCAUCUGCGCACCUGGACAACAUUCAGGCCAAAAUAAAGGAACGUCAUGCGGAACUUCUUGCCAUGGACAAAGUUAUUUAUCACAAAAACGGAAAGGAUUCGUGUUCGUACGCUUUCUACAACAUCGAUCCGAGAAUGACUCUCGUCGUCGCGUUCGAGAACGGGAAACAAAGAGACAAGGAAACUCACAUUACGUUAUUCAUGACGGAUCUUUCCAUGCAUAUUAGAUGCAACAAGGUUUACGAAAGUCUAAAAUUAUCGAAAUGAGUGUGGAUACGCAAAACUAUGUAAUUAUGAGAAUAUCAAAUUGUACCAAAGACCACCUGAUUGUUAUAUUCAAAACUUGUUCCAUGAAUGUAUGGUUGGUAUGUGAAAAAUUACAUUCAUUUAUAUAUUA